AUGUGGCUCACGGACGGGCAGAAGAUCGGCGUCGCGCUCACCUCCUUUGGAGGACUGUUCAUGCUGCUGGGUGUGGCCCUAUUCUUUGACGGAGCACUUCUUGCGCUGGGCAACGUCCUCUUCCUCGCGGGUCUGACCCUCAUCAUCGGCCCCCACAAAACCUUCUACUUCUUUGCGCGACGGCAGAAGCUCCGCGGGACAGCAUGCUUCAUAGGCGGCAUCCUACUCGUGUUCUUGAAGUGGCCGUUCGUGGGGAUGGUCGUGGAGACGUUUGGGUUCUUGAACCUCUUCGGGGACUUCUUUCCAGUUAUCCUUACGUUCCUGCGACAGCUGCCCGGGAUCGGGCAUAUACUGACGUUACCUUAUAUUCGAGACGUUGCAGAUCGUAUAGCGGGCUCACGAACAUCGAUUGUAUGA